AUGAAUUUGGGCAAACUGAGGCAAAAGUGUAUAGAACAAUGGAAAGAUAGUAAAAGUGAAAUAAUAUUCAUCUGCCGUUGGUCUUGGCCUAUGAUUGUGUCAAAUUUAUUGAAUAAUGUAUUAUAUCUAUUUGUUAAUCUAAUUUUUGUUGGUCAAGGCGGUACUCCAGAGUCUAAAGAUGAACUGGCUGCCGCAGCUUUAGCUAACACUUGGACCUAUGGUACAGGUGGUAUUGCACUUGGUAUUCUUAACGCGUUGGAUACCCUAAUUAGUCAAUCAUACGGAGCAAAAAACUUUGAAUAUGUAGGAAUAUUAGUUCAGAGAGCUGCUUCUAUUACAUCAGGUGUAUCUGUAUUUAUUGCCGCAUUAUGGUGCAUUACAGAUUAUUUUUUGAAAUUGGUUGGUCAAAACCAUGAAAUUUCUAAUUUAGCUUUUAAAUAUGCACUUAUGCUUUUACCUGGCUUAUGGUUUUAUAACAUGACAAUUUGUAUGCAAAAGUAUCUACAAGGGCAGGGUUUAAUGAUGCCCUCUAUUUAUAUUGGUUUGGCAAUAAAUGGAAUCAAUGUAUUCUUAAAUUAUUUAUUGGUUUAUGGAAUGGGAAGUUAUAAUGGAAUGGGUUAUUUGGGUGCACCUUUAGCCACAUCUAUUUCUAGAAUCAUUGGUUUCUUUUUAAUGUGGGGAUAUAUUUAUGUUUUUAAAUUACAUAAAAAGACAUGGUUUGGAUGGACAAAAGAGAGUAUUACUUUCAAGGGAAUCAAGGAGUAUCUUACAUUGGGUAUUCCAGCAGCGAUUCAACAUGUUUCAGAGGGUUGGUGUUUCGAAGUUUUGACAAUCUUGGCAGGUCUUAUCUCUACACAUGAUUUGGAUGCCCAUAAUGUUUGUUAUAAUUUCACAACACUUACCUAUCAGAUUUCCAGUGGUAUAUCUAUUGCUGUUGCGGUACGUGUAGGUCAUCUACUGGGAUCACGUCAUCCUUUCCAAGCAAGAAGAGCUGCAUGGGUAGGUUUCAUUCUGGCAAUGUUGGCAAUGAUUGUGGUAGCCAUUGUUUUGGUAGCAGCACGCUAUCAGAUCGGUAAAAUCUAUACAAAAGACCAAGAUGUCAUUAAUAUUGCUGCAAAGAUCUUGCCUAUUGCAGCGCUUUUCCAGAUAUUCGAUGGUGGACAAACUAUAUUCCAAGGUAUAGUUCGUGGUAUGGGUCGUAUUAAAACCGGUGCCAUUUCAAAUUUCAUUGCUUUCUAUCUUAUUACUAUUCCAUUCGCUGUUGGUUUGACAUUUGGUGCCGACGUUGGUGUGACUGGUCUUUGGUGGGGUCUAUGCAUUGGUUUGAUCAGUAUUUUCAUUGGGCUGGGAAUAUUCAUCGUUUUGGUAAAGUGGCCGGUAGAAGUGGAGAAAGCAAAGAUCAGAACAAAGACAUUGGCACCUACCUUGUCACUCGACCAAAUACCAUUGGAAAAGAUUCCACCACAUCUCCGUCAGAAUCAAUCAGACGCUGCUACACCGCCAGGUGGAAGUCCGGUCAGCACCGACAGUAUCAUUAGCAAUGUUAGCACUGACCAAUCUACAAACAUUUCGAUUACAGUAUCGACAACCCAUCUAAUUCCGUCGAGCAACGAAGAACAACAAGAACAACAAAAUCAAAACUCAACAACAACAACAGCAAAUGAAAAUACGAAAUAA